AUGAAGAGGACUAGUCUGCCCAACCAUGGAUUCCACCAAUAUGGCAUUGGCUCGACGGCUUACGAUGGAGUAUCCUCCUUUGCGGGCCAUGGUCCAAUGGUUCAUGUGCCCCUCUCACAGAGCUGGGGCGCUCCCGAACGUACCUUUGCGGCUGGACGUGUUGCUGCAGGAUGCUACCUUAUGCACGCAAGCGAAAUCAAGAUCACUACCGUACCAGAGAAGCGGAUUCUUCGCAAUGUCGUGGACCGUUGA